UGCGCAGCUGUGGCCGUCAAAGUCAACGACGACAACCUCUUCGGCGAACAACGCAGGGGACAUGUCUGUCACUGCGCCAAUUGCAGGAAAGUCGCAGGCGGGAUAUUCGGAACCAACCUCACGAUCGAGGAAGAAAAGGUCGAGUUCCCAAAGGGGAAAGACAACAUCAAGUCGUACACAGAUCCCGACACUCUAAGCGGAACUCCAUUGCAGAGGUGUUUCUGUCAAACGUGCGGUGUCCCCAUCAUGAGCAUCACGCCGCUGUAUAAGGGCAAGGUUGUGCUCAAGCUGGGAUUGUACCCCAAACUCCCCGUCCCGGAAUGGGAAUCCUUUGCGGAACGGCGCCAACACUGGGAAAAGCCCUUCGAGGGCACGAUACAGUAUAAAACAAAG